AUGGGUCACUCCCCUUCGUUGACUUGGCAAGGUAAAAAGUGGGGUCGUGAUCUUUUGACCAAAGGAUUGAGAUGGAAAAUUGGUGAGGGUCGUUUUGUAAAAUGUGCUUCCGAUCCUUGGAUCCCCGGUUAUACUACUAUCUUCCCAACAAGAUACAUUGGCUCUUCAAACGGUGUUGUAGCAAAUUCCAUUACGGAGGAAAGACAGUGGAAUGUCUCCAUGAAUAUAACAGUACAAAGUGGUUAUCUUCUUGCAACUUCCCUUGAAGACAAAGACCCUGGCUCUAGCUCCUCGUCAUCCUUGUCAUGGUGGAAAUUCUUUUGGUCCCUACAAAAAGUCAAGAUCUUUGCCUGGCGUGUCAUUCAUGAUGCUCUACCUGUGGCUACUUCACUUGUUCAAAGAAAGAUCAUUACUGAUUCCACUUGCUCCAUUUGUAGACAAGCUUGGGAACCAACGAGACAUGCUCAUUUUAGCUGCAAAUAUGCCAAGGCUGUUUGGAGAGCUCAAAACUAUAUGUUCAAUUGGAACGCGUGUACAUCAAUGCGUAAUGGAGACUACUUGUUACAUCUUUCAACAACCUACACCAAAUUGGAGAUGGAACAAAUUUUUUGUACAAUGUGGGCUAUUUGGACUGAACGUAAUAAAGUGCAAUGUACAACUACUACAUCAUCAACACCGUGGUCUCCACCAGCUCCAGGCGCCCUUAAACCCAAUGUGGAUGUGGCUGUCAAUUCCUCAACGAGUACCACUGGUGUUGGGCUGUUAUUAAAGAUGCUUACAGACAUGUAG